CGCAGCGCUUCUCGCUCAUGCGCACUGGGCACCCGGCUGUCAAGCCGAGCGCCCACACUACAGAAGCCGGGAAGACAGCGUGGCGCUGGAUAGAGGAACAGGUAAGGUCCCAGUGCAGAGCGGACACUAACCAAAGAACAACUCCGCGGAAGACAGCAGUCAUCUCCUGUACUGUCCGCAGUCUCUGGUCAUCUCCUGUACUGUCCGCAGUCUCUGGUCAUCUCCUGUACUGUGUCCGCAGUCUCUGGUCAUCUCCUGUACUGUGUCCGCAGUCUCUGGUCAUCUCCUGUACUGUGUCCGCAGUCAAGCAUUUGUACAGGGCUAACUUCUUUGGAAAGUAAUAAACAUGUUAUACUUAUCUGCUCAAUAGUAUAG